CUCCGCAGAUGAAACAUGAGAGGUCAAAAGUUAUGAUUAUCCUCUUUAAAAACCACUGGACAUAAUCUACAGAGAUGGCCAGUUCCGUGGUGGCCGUGGGACUGGCUCUGGCUGCAGCAGGAUUUGCAGGUCGUUAUGCCAUGCAGGCCCUAAAACAGGUGGAGCCUCAAAUGAAACAGGCUCUGAAGAGUUUCCCCGCAACGGCUUUCGGUGGAGGCUACUACAGAGGAGGGUUCGAGCCAAAAAUGAACAAGAGAGAAGCGUCUUUAGUUUUAGGCAUCAGCCCAACAGCCAAUAAGAAUAAAAUUAGGGAAGCUCACAGAAAACUGAUGAUUCUAAACCAUCCAGAUCGAGGGGGGUCUCCGUACCUCGCGGCGAAAAUAAACGAAGCCAAGGACCUGAUGGACGACCAGAUGAAGAAGUGAUCGGGAUUUUUGCUUUGGGAAAAUCAACAAACACAUUUUCUACUCAAUCUGCAAACUGUUCACUGUCUUUUUCUUUGUUGUAAUAUAAUAAAGUUUAAUA